AUGGCCCCGAAGACGCUGCUUCUUCUUUCGCUGAUUCUCGUCCUCCUCCUGGGGCAGUCUUGCGCCACGAAAGACUAUGGACUGGCUCUCACCAAGUCCUUGCUCUUCUUCGAAGCCCAGAGGUCGGGGAAGCUGCCGCCCGGCCAGCGAGUGACCUGGCGCGGCGACUCUGCUCCCAAUGACGGCAAGGAUAACGGUGUUGCUCUCUCCGGAGGAUACUUCGACGCCGGGGACAACGUGAAGUUUGGGUUCCCGUUGGCCUACUCGUUGACCGCUAUCGCAUGGGGGGUGGUGGAGUUCAACUCCAGGCUUGAGGCGAAGAAAGAGCUCGGUAACGCUCUGGCCGCCCUCCGGUGGGGUACCGACUACCUGAUCAAUGCUCACCCCCAGCCGGACGUCCUGUACGUCGAGGUCGGCGACGGCAGCUCCGACCACGACUGCUGGCAGAGGCCGGAGGACAUGUCCACCCCUCGUACGUCCUACAAGAUCGACGACUCCAAGCCCGGAUCCGACGUGGCCGCAGAGUCUGCCGCCGCCUUGGCCGCGGCCUCUAUUGCCUUCAAGGGUUCCGACCCCAAAUACUCCGGCACACUUCUCACCCACGCAAAACAGCUACUCGAAUUCGCCAGAAACCAUCGUGGUCUCUAUCAGAACAGCGUCCCACAAGCCGGACAGUUCUACUCCAGCAGCGGAGACGAUGACGAGAUAGUCUGGGCCGCUGCAUGGCUCCACCGCGCAACCGGCGAGCAGACCUACCUGGACAUCCUCUCCUCGGGAAACAACGGCGGUGUCCGCAGUAUGUUCUCCUGGGACGACAAGUACGUCGGCGCCCAGCUCCUGGUCACCAAGCUGCUCCUGGAAGGCAAAGUUCCCAACUCCGGUCCCUGGGCGGCGUACAAGAACAACGUCGACAUGUUCGUCUGCUCCGUAGUGCAGAAGGGUAACAACAACGUGCAGAAGAGCCCCGGCGGAAUCUUGUGGUUCCUGCCAUGGGCCAACCUCCAGUACGUCACCUCCUCCAUGCUGGUUGUCUCCACCUACGCCGACUACCUGUCCGCCGCAAAAGCCACCCUGAGUUGCCCCCAAGGCAGCGUCAGCCCCAAAGACCUCAUCUCCUUCGCCACCUCGCAGGUGGAUUACAUUUUGGGUGCCAACCCAAAGGCCAUGAGCUACAUGGUGGGUUUCGGGUCCAACUUCCCUGUUCAGGUGCACCACAGGGGUGCCUCCAUCGUGUCGAUCAAGGCGGACCCGAAGUCAAUUGGGUGCAAGGAAGGGUUCGAUUGGUUCAACAGGAACUCGCCCAACCCUAAUGUGCUGGACGGCGCCCUCGUCGGCGGCCCCGACGCCAACGACGCCUACACCGACUCCCGAUCCAAUUACCAGCAAGCGGAGCCCGCCAUCGCCACCAAUGCGGCUCUGAUCGGCGUAUUGGCGAGGCUUGCAUAA